GUCGCCCUGCACUUGCCGGCGCCGGGGGCCACCGAGGAGUUCUCGCUGCUGAUGCCCAAGGGCUACGACCGCGACGCCGAGGCCAAAGACGAGUACCUGCCGGUUAAUGACCUGAUGCUGACAGUAUCGAUGAUUGCCAGCUAUCUGGUCGACUCGGAGUCGUUUGAGCAGCGGGUGUGCGGCGACAAGGAGAACGGCAUUGCGCGGCGGCUGGAGCGGGCGCGGAAUCGCAAGAACGGCGAGGACUUUGUCGAGGCCGUGGCAGACUUUAACGCGCUGCUGGAUGCCGAGCAGACCAAGGGCAAUGUCCGGAUGCGGUUUGGUGCGGGCGAGAUCCCGGCUGACCUGGCGAUCCACGUGGUGGAGCAGACGUACAACCGCGUGGUAGCGCCGACGGUGGACCUGCUGCGACAGUACAAGGCAUUCUCCAACAACGUGUAUGGCGAGAUCCUGCCGAUGCUGAUCAGCGAGUUCAUUGAGCGGACAGGCAUAACCCACGACUCGGUGUUUAUCGACCUUGGCUGCGGAAUCGGCAACGUCGUGCUGCAGGUGGCAGCGCAGACCGGCUGCCAUGCAUCAGGCAUCGAGAUCAUGAAGGUCCCAGCGCGGUUCGCCAGGCGGCAGGCAGUUGAGUUCCGCAACCGCAUGCGCCAGCUGCAGUUCAGUCACGGGCAAGUGGACAUCUGGCGCGGGGAUUUCUGCGAAGCGCCCGAGAUCACACGACUGCUGCCGAAAGCCGACGUGCUCCUGGUGAACAACUACGCGUUUGACAGCGCACUGAACCAGAACCUGCUGCAGAUGUUCCUUGAUCUGAAGGAAGGCACCCGGAUCAUCUCGCUGAAGCCGUUUGUGACACCCGACUACAAGAUCAAUGCCCGGAACGUGCAGGCACCCGAGAGCAUCCUGGCAGUCAAGCGGUACCAGUACUGGAGCCAGUGCGUCAGCUGGACCGACAACGGCGGCGAGUACUUUAUCCAGACCGUCGACCGGUCCCGUGUCAAGGAGUUCCUGGCCAGCCGCGGCAUGGCCUAG